GGUCCGGGAGGCGGGGCGGUCCGGGAGGCGGGGCGCGCCUAGACGCGUGCUUAACAUGGCCACGCUGCGGCGACUGCAAGAGGCUCCCCGGCACUUACUCGUCUGUGAGAAAUCCAACUUCGGCCACGACAAGUCUCGCCAUAAACAUCUCGUGGAGACGCACUAUCAUAAUUACAGGGUUUCAUUUCUUAUUCCUGAAUGUGGGCUGUUAUCAAAAGAACUGAAAAGCCUGGUCAUGGAAAUUGGGCCCUAUUACUCUGUGAAGAACUUACCACUUCAUGAAUUAAUUACACAUGAGUUCAUCCACACCUUUGUAAAGAAAGGUUCAUUUUCUGCAUUAACAUACAAUACAAGUAUUGAUGAAGAUAAUACUGUUGCCCUCCUACCAAAUGGGAAAUUAAUUUUAUCACUGGAUAAAGAUACUUAUGAAGAAACUGGACUUCAAGGUCGUCCGUCUCGGUAUUCUGGCAGAAAAACAAUGAAGUUUAUUAUUUCCAUUGAUUUAAUGGAUUUAUCCCUUAACCUGGAUUCUAAGAAGUAUGAAAGAAUAUCUUGGUCCUUCAAAGAAAAGAAGCCUUUGAAGUUUGAUUUUCUUUUGGCUUGGCAUCAUACAGGUGCACAAGAAUCAACAGUGAUGUCAUACUUCUCCAAAUACCGAAUUCAGGAGCAUCAGCCCAAAGUGGCAGUGAGCACCGUGAGAGAGCUGCAGUGCCCGGUGCUGCAGAGCGGCUGGAUUGCAGGAGAGCCGGAGGAGGCCUGCAGCGCCCCGGAGCUCUUUGACUGGCUGGGCGCUGUCUUCUGCAGUGCGGAGCUAAAUAACCAACCUUAUAAUUUCAUAUCAACCUACUGCUGUCCCCAGCCAAGCACAGUGAUAGCCCAAGCUUGUCUGUGUACAAUCACAGGUUUCAUACUGCCAGAGAAGAUACACAUCCUUCUGGAACAGCUAUGUCACUACUUUGAUGAACCAAAGUUAGCCCCAUGGGUCACCUUGUCAGUUCAAGGCUUUGCAGACAGCCCUGUCUCGUGGAGAGAGAAUGAACAUGGCUUCCAAAAAGGAGGAGAGCACUUAUACAACUUUGUGGUUUUCAGCAAUCAGGACUAUUGGCUUCAGAUGGCUGUUGGGGCGUUUGAUGACUGUCCACCAUAAGAAAAUUAAAAGUUAAAACUAUGUUGUCAGUA